AUGCUCAAGAAGUGGCUUGAAUUGAUUCCUUGUGAUUUGUUACAGAAGAAAAGUGUAGUGAUCUUGUCCACCUGCAAGUAUGUCACUUACAUUUUGAAUCUCGUUUUGUUACGGGAAAAAUCACAUAUUUUAAAGAUAGGUUAUACAACGCUGUUCCUGGAAUCUGAGAUUAGCACUGGCAUUCCACUAAACCGUUCGGAGGGCAUUCAAAAUGUGAAUGCUCUUGAUGACCAUCAGCAUGUGAUGAAAAGGCAUUAUGACCACACCUAUUUUAAAACAGAAGUGUUAGAAUCAUACCCACACAUGAUGCCAAUAAACACAGACAAUACAUACUCAUUUCUACAGGAAAAUAGUUUUGAUCAGCCGUUGUCAGCUGCCAAAGCUUAA